AACGUUGAAUUUUUCUUUCCAGAAGCAAUCAAAGUUCUUGCAAAAAUGCAGAGUUCUUAAUUGCAUUAAGCUAUAGCAAGAGUACGAGAGAUAUAGAGAGAUGCUGUCCACGGCGGAGGAAGAUCCUGAAGGAGGAGGAACAGAGCGAAGAGUCGGUAAUGGCGGCGUAACGACCCCCGACGUGCGAUGGACGUCGUGGUUGAUCCCAACGGUGGUGAUUGCCAACGUCGUCGUUUUCAUUUCGGUGAUGUACGCCAACGACUGCCCUCACAAGAGCCAUCGAUGUUUCGCAAAGUUCCUCGGACGUUUCUCCUUUGAGUCUUUCAAGAAGAACCCUCUUCUCGGUCCUUCUUCCUCUACAUUGGAGAAAAUGGGAGCUUUGGCAUGGGGUAAAAUAGUUCACGAGCGUCAGGGUUGGAGACUAUUAACAUGUAUGUGGUUGCACGCCGGUGUUAUCCAUUUGCUAACAAACAUGUUUUGUGUCGCCUUCAUUGGAUUCCGUCUAGAGCAGCAGUUUGGUUUUGUUCGAGUUGGGACAAUCUAUCUUGUGUCAGGCUUCUGCGGGAGCAUACUCUCUUGUCUGUUUCUUCAGAAUGCCAUAUCCGUUGGUGCUUCAAGCGCCUUGUUUGGACUCUUGGGAGCAAUGUUAUCAGAAUUAUUAAUCAAUUGGACUACCUAUGACAACAAGGGUGUGGCUCUGAUAAUGCUUUUGGUGAUAGUUGGUGUUAACUUAGGAUUAGGGACACUUCCUCCUGUUGAUAAUUUUGCUCACAUUGGAGGUUUCUUGGGAGGUUUUCUUCUCGGUUUUCUUCUCUUGAUUCAUCCACAGUUCGAAUGGGAGGAAAACCGAGUUUCUCUUAUGCCCGGUUCGAUUGUUAAACCGAAGUACAACACUUGUCAAUUCGUGCUUUGCAUAGCUGCAUCCAUUGUCUUUGUGGUCGGGUUUGUUACUGGGUUGGUGUUACUAUUCAGAGGAGAUAACUUGAACAGAUAUUGUAACUGGUGCCAUAAACUUAGCUACUCUGUUAAAUCUCAAUGGUCAUGA